AUGAAUUAGAAAAAAAUGCCAUAAGUUAAAGUUAUUCUAAAGAAAGUCUCAAAUGGAUUCAUUGUUCAUGAUGCUGAUACUACUGUUCGAAUACCAAAAAGUAUUGUACAAUAAACACCUAAUGCAUAAACUAAUUAAAUCAAAAAUAAACCUUAAGUAAUCCCAUUAUCUUCAUAACCAUAAAUACCAUAAUAAUAAAUACAAAUUAAUCCAGCAAUCAUUUCUCCUUAAUAAUCAUUUCUGUAUCCCUAAUUAAAUUAAGGAAUCCCAUAAAGUAUUUAAGUAUAAUAAUAACCUAAAUAACCAAUUAUUUAUGCCUCUCCAUAACAAUCCUAUAAACCAAUUCUUUAAUAAACUAUGAUUCCAAUUACUCCAUAGAAUUUUGAAAUUCUUCCUCCUGAUCCUUUUGUUAUUCAAAAAAGAUCAUUUGAUAUUAUAGUACCUUCUUGUACAUCUUGGUUUAAAAUUGAUAAAAUUCAUUCUAUUGAAAAGGAGAAUUUUAAAGAAUAUUUCAAUCAAGAAAAUAAAUAUAAAACACCUUAACUUUAUAAAAAACAUAGAAACUUUAUUAUUAAUUUAUAUUAUAAUACUCCUAAUAUUUAUUUAACAACUACUGCAUGCAGAAGAUAAUUAGCAGCUGAUGCAUGUACAAUUGUUAGAAUCCAUGGAUUUUUAAAUCAUUGGGGUAUUAUCAAUUCACAAGUUGAUUCAGAUCAAUAUUCAACUAAAAUCUUACCUUAACCUGCUAUUCCUGAUAAUUUAUUUAAUGAAUUAAUUUAAUCUAAAAAUAAUUCUGAACAAUUUUAAUUAAGUGAAUAAUAAAUUAUUGAUUCUAUUAGAGUUUUAUCACUUAAAUUAAGGUUACAAGAUAAAAUAAUAUUAGGCCUAUUUGCGAUUCAUGCUCAAUGAAAUGUAAUUUAGUUUGGUACCAAUAAAAACCUAUAAAAGAUGUUAAAGAAAUUAUACUAUGUAUUAAAUGUUAUGGAAAUAAUCAUUUUCCAAAUAUACUUUGUGCAGAAGAUUUUUUUAAAACUGAUAUUGAAGAUAAAUUGAAAAAUAAUAAUAUAUCAUUUGAUUAGACAGAAUAAUUAGAUUCUUAACUAAGUGAUAAAGAAUUAUGUGAUAUGCUUAAUUACAUCUAAGAAAAUUAAGAUAUUGGUUGGGAUAAAAUCACAGAAUUUAUUAAUGAGAAUAGAAAAACUAAAAUAGAUGUUAUUUAAAUUCUCAUUAAUUUUCUAAUGUAUCCAUUAAAAAAAUAAUCUUUGAUUAUUCGUUCCUUAGAUGGAAAAGAAUCAUUAUAAAAAUGGACCAUUUAUGAUUUGGCUACUAAAAUAGCUAGUGAAGAAGUAUUACUUUUUAUAUCUAAACAUUAGCCUUAAAUAUUCUCAGAUUCUUCUAAUCUUUAUGCUUAUCAUGUAUCGAUUUUUCAUAAACAUUUUAAUCAAAUUGACAAAUCUAAAUAAUCUAAUGGUCAAAUUGAAUGCAAUGGAAGUACGCAUAAGGAUUUAAUUCAAUAAUAAAAUAAUCUAUAAAAUUGUUUAGUAUAUAUAUUUUUAUAAUUUAAGAAUGACAUUGAUCAAAAUUCAAUUGUUCAUUUCAAAGAAGAUUCAAUCAAUAAAGCAUAAAAUGAAAUUUCAAAAGAAGAAUCAAAAAUGAAUUAAUGUAUUAAUGCUAUUAUUAAUAUAUAAAUGGAAAAAAUCUAACAAAAAAUAGCUUUUUUAGAAGAAUAUGAAAAAAUAGUAUUAAAUGAAAAAAACAUCUUAGAAUUAUAAUAAGUAUAUGAUAAUUUAUAAAAGAAUAAUAGAAAUAAACAUUAGCUGAGAGAUUAAUUGUUGUCUAAUAAAAACUUUAAAUGUAUAAUGAAGAAAAUAAUUAAUGA